AUAGAACAAAUAAUUUAAAAAGGUGAUUGACGGCAAAAUUUCAUAAUUCCUUUUGUCAUCGUAUACAUAUUUAAUGAAAACAAUGCUUUCUUUGCUUAUGAAAAAUUGUCAUGGUCCAGGACUUGGUCUUGCUAGGAUCCUUAAUAAAAAAUGUAUCUUCUAUCAGACGACGCCGUGUCUACAACAGGUUACAUACUUCGCAAUGGAUGCCUGCGGCAAGAAGGGUGCCGGUGGUGGCAAGAAUACUAUAACGUACAAACCUUACACCCCUCCGCAGUACAAACCGCACGACAAAAAGAAUAUGGAUCUUAAUAGACCGAUGUCCCCUCAUCUAACAAUUUACGCGCCCACACUGCCUGCAAUGACAUCUAUAGCCCAGCGAAUCACUGGUGUGGUUGUUCUAACAUACGCUAUAAUGGUGGCUUUUGGUUCGUUGUUCCUUCCCAAUGGUAUCGAUUCCUACGUGUCUAUGAUACAAAGCCUAAACAUGGGAACUUUUACAAUAAUUCUGCUCAAAAUGUUACUUGGCGCACCUUUUGUAUAUCAUUAUUUCAACGGAAUAAGAUAUUGUGCCUGGAACGCCGGUAAAUGGCUAGCUUUAAAAGAUGUCUACGAAACGGCGAAAAAAAGUUUCAUACUUACUGCUGUUUUUACUGUAUUGUUUUCAUUGUUGUAAAUUAAUUCGAUAAUUUACAAAAAUAAAUUUCAAUUUGGAUGUUUUA